AUGGCAGAAGAUACAUCGCCAAGGCGCAAGCUCGCCAUCCAAGUGAUCGACUCGUACCGUUCCUGGGAUCUGGACAAGAUCAUGUCCCUGCGCGCAGACGACUGCGUCACGGUUAUCCUGCCAAAGAGUCUUGGCCAGCCCGAGAUGGACAACGCCGCCUACAGAAAGUUCUUCAGCUUCUCGCUCCCGCUCUUCCAGGACUUCAACCCACAGAUCCAGGACAUUAUUGAAGACGAGAAGGGCAACAAGGUCACCCUGUGGUGCACCAGCACGGCCGACACCGUCAUCGGCCCAUAUGCCAACGAGUACAUGAUCACGCUGCACUUCAACGAGGCGUGCGACAAAGUGGUACGGUUCCUCGAGUUUGUCGACUCCCAUGUAGCCAAGACACACUUUGAGGGCAUGAGGAAGUUUGUUGAGGCCAAGGAGGCUGAGAAGGCUAAGGAGGCGAGGCUCGCUUGA